AUGGAGCGAUCUAAUGAAGAUAAGCAAAGAUCCAGCAGCACACAACAACAGAUCGUUCAAGUACCGCUGCAUCAACCAGCUUAUCUUCAUUGCAUAAUACCGCAUCUAAAGCAAAAUAUGGUAGCCUGGACACGUUUGCGUGACGAAGCUUUAUUGACUGCUGGUGAGUUAUCAUUCACCACUGAUUCCAGGUUUCAAAUAUCGCUCAGACCAUCUGAAGUUGAUUGGGUGUUAAUUAUUAGUCGAGUAGAAAGAUCAGAUUCCGGUUGUUACCUAUGUGAAGUAAAUACCGAACCAAGAAGCACCGUUUAUGCUGUAUAUUUAGAUGUUAUCGAAACGCGGAAUCUCAAAGCAUCAUCUUCACCAGCAAGUAAUUAA